AUGGCCGCCAAAUCCCCAGUUGCCCUCAUCCUCGGUGCAGGUCCUAAUAUCGGCCAGGCCAUCGCCCGCACCUUUGCCUCCAAGGGCUACAAGGUCGCCCUUGCUUCUCGCUCACUGAAAGAGGCCGACAGCACUGAGAACCAGCUGAACAUCCCGAGCGACUUCUCCAAGCCGGACGAUGUGGUCAAUGCAUUUACUAAAGUGAAGAAGGUGUUUGGCAUCCCCAGUGUCGUCAUCUAUAAUGCCAGCGCCGUGCACUUCACUCCCGCCGACGACCCCUUCGCCAUCUCCUUUGCCGACUUCAGUGAAGACACGAACAUCAACAUCCACAGUGCCUUUAUCGCUGCUCAACAAGCCGUCUCGGGCUUUGCACAGCUUCCGGAAUCGGCUGCACGCACCUUUAUCUACACAGGCAAUGUCCUGAACGUCGCAAUGCUCCCGAAAUUUCUCUCCGCGGGUGUAGGCAAAUUCUACUAUGCCGACGAACGGAAGGCAGACGGAUCGCCUAAAUACCGCGUCGACGGCGACGCGCAUGCAAAUCUCUACUGGGAGCUGUCCCACGCCAAAGAACAAGGCCCAUGGUUGCAGACAUUCGUCCAAGGUGUGGGAUAUAAGAGUUUCGACACCAUAUAUACACCUCUGGCGUGA